CUUAGCCCCCCAAGUUCUCCUCCCUUUUACAUUUGGCCGACUGAUGGCCCGUCUUGGAAUUCUUCCCCCCUUAGUCCUAGGUAGUGCGUGGCCAUGGAUGUCAAGAUCCGUGAGUUCUUAGACUCGGUUGGUUCCUUCUUUACCGGCUGUGAUCACAUUCCGUGGAGUGACCGCGACAUCAUCGCUGGUUGUGAGAGAGAGGUCACAGAGAGUGGAACUGCGGAGACCAAGAAUGAGGGUCUUAUGAGGUUGUCCGGGGCUCUUGUCCAUUCCAUGCACCCGGAAGAUGUGAAUCGUGGAAUUGCCAUGCUCGAAGUCUCGUUAUCCCUUUCCAGUAGUCCACUGCAAACCAGGGAGAAACUUUAUUUGUUGUCUGUUGGGUUUUACAGAAACGGAGACUACUCAAGAAGUCGUCAUCUCUUGGAACAAUGUUUAAAGGUAGAAUUCUGA